AUUUUUUGCAGGAAUUAUUUUUUCGGGUGGGUGUAUGUGCACCAGAACAGAAAAGCCCGCCGUUUGCAGCAGUAGCACGUUUGACUUUUUGUUUUUCUUUGAAUCCAAAACUUUCUUUUUUACACACAAUCUUAAAUGGAAACCACAACAGCAGCAGCAGUAACUCCCGGCCAACGAUUAGGAUACGCCGAAGAUUAUGUUGCAGGUGCAGGCACCUAUGAACGUGAUGGCCUAUUAUACGCUAGUGUUGUCGGUUUACGAUCUGUUGAUUCAAACAUGGAUGGCGAGCUACCCACAAUGACUGUGUCGCGUGAAAAAGAACAAUCAGCAGUACCAGAAGUUGGUAGCAUCAUUACCGGUAAAGUGGUUCGCGUUGCGCCACAUAGUGCAUUGAUUGCUAUCAUGGUCGUUGGUGAUACACCAUGCAAAGAAGAUUUUGCUGGUACUAUUCGAACACAAGAUGUCCGUGCAGUUGAAAAAGACAAGGUGAAAAUCAUCAACUCGUUCCGACCAGGCGAUAUUGUCCGUGCCGAAGUCAUUUCUCUUGGUACUGCUCGCUCGUACUACUUAUCCACAGCCAAAAAUGAGCUUGGUGUCAUAUUUGCAACGAGUGUAGCAGGUGCAACAAUGAUACCCAUCUCAUGGCAAGAAAUGCAAUGUCCCAAGACCAAGACGAUCGAAUAUCGAAAGUGCGCAAAACCGUUUUAGAAAAACAUAUACACACUCUAAUAAUCUGCAUAACACACAUUACUCUCUUCUGUAUACACUGUAAAUAAUAAAAAAGACAGAAAUCAUUGGGCGUAAUUGCGUCGUCGCAC